AUGCAUCGACUGACGGUGGACAAUCAGCAUACAUUGAACGAACUUAUCGCAAUGCGGAAUAUUUCGAAGUGCCUCCCUACCACACUUGUCCAAAAUAAAACAUUUUUGAUUAAAGCUUUGUAUGGGAAGCAACGCAAAACAUUUUUAUGGCCGGUUGACCUCAGAACAGUUACCUUGGAUACCAUAAAGCUGCCAAUUCUUAAAGUUUUUCAAUUCCCACAAGAUAUGAAGACGGCGGACCUAAUGCUACGUUUCAGCAAAGGCAAGGAGAGAAAUUUUGAAAAGGGUUUGGAGAACCAGGUCACAUUUCAGCAAUACCUCAAGUCCUGCGCUUUGCAAGAUUUUUCUUCACUCAGAAUGAAAAUUGGCACUAUGCAAAAACUGUUUUCCAAUUGGAAGCUUGAAGAGGUAUGUGAGCUCUUUGGGCUAGUCCCAAAUAUUGCUAAAUUUUCCACUUUCGAUUGUAGUGUUGACAAGCUCGAUUCAGAGAAAGCAAAGGAUUUGGUGGCACAUCUUUGUAAGGAUCUGAAGCUCCGUUAUAAGGCGGUAUAUGGUAAAACGGAAGCUACUCAUGGUGAAUACGUAUCAUCAUUUCUCGUGACCGCAGCAUCACUGUUCAAUGGAUUGGUAAAAUUACAUCCUCAAAUGUAUGUCGAGGGAAGUUAUGGUAGAGGUUCACCCGAUUUCUGCCUAUGCCUCCUUGGAACAAUUAUUGGUGUGGUAGAAGUAAAAAAGAAGGAUCUCGAUCAAGGCAUGGCUCAGUUAUACUCAUCGCUCGAGACAAACCGAAAGCGCGAAGUUGACGGCCGAUUUUCUGAUAAGGUAUACGGGAUUGUAACCAAUGGCCGAGCAUGGUACUUUGUCAAAUUUGUAAUGGAUGGCAACAAACCAAAAAUCAGCAUUCAUUCAGAAAUGCCUACCAUUCUAGAUUGGGCUGAAGAAUCUGAGCCUUUGGAGAAGGUUUUUGGCAAUGCGAGAUCAGAGGGUAUGGGAGGGAGAGGGGAUAUCUGUCGCAUUGAUCUUUUAUUU